AUGUCGUUUGAAAGAAGUUUUCCAGAUGAAAUAAUUCUUGAAAUAUGUCGUUAUUUACAUCCAAUUGAUAUUCUUUUAUCAUUUGGUGGACUUAAUUAUAGAUUAAAUCAAACAAUAAGUGAUUUUAUUUAUCAUGUUCAUUUAUCAUCAAUAAUUUCCUAUGAAAAUUAUCUUCAUCUACUUCGUAUUAUUCUUCCAUCAAUAUGGUCAUUAAUACAAUCAUUAAAGAUUAGUAAUUGUCAAGUACCAUGUUUAACAAAAUUAUUUUUAGAUAAUACAGAUAAUAUUUUACCAUUAAAUUUAAAAAAAUUAUCUUUAUUUCAUUUAAAUACAAAUGAAAUUUAUAAUUUUAUUAAUCGAUUAAUGAAUAAAACAAUAAUUGAAGAAUUAAUUAUUGAAUGUUCAGAUAUAGAUUUUGCUAAACAACAAGAAUUAUAUGGUUUUAAAAUGGCACAAAUGCUUUUUUUUCAUCAUCCAACAUUAAAAUCAAUUGAAUUACGUGGAGAUAUUGUAUUCGAUUUAAGCCAUUUAUCUUUUUUAUCAUUAUCAAAUAGUAAUGAUUCAGAUUCAUUGAAUAUUAUAAACAUUGAUCAGUUAUGUAUUCUUCGUCGAUUAACAAUUCCUCUCCAAUCUUUAAGUAGUUUACAUUUACUUCUUAUUUAUCAAUCACAUCUUGAAUAUUUAAAUGUACAUAUUGGUGAUGCUAAAUCAAUUUAUGAUUAUAAAAUAACACCAUUUCCACCAUUAUUAAAUCUUCAAGAAUUUCAUUUUCGUUCUGAUGAUUUAUCAAUUAAAUUUGAAAAUCUAUUUGAACUUUUAACAUAUUUUCCAAAUUUAAAAUCUUUAUCACUUAAUUUAACAACUGAAUGUCGAUUAUUUUUCGAUGGAAAUAUUUUACAAACACUUGUUCAUCGACUUGAUUCAUUUCAAUUUUCUAUUGCACGUUUUCUUCAACCAACAUAUGAAGAACAAACAUUAUCAACAUUUUAUACACCAUUUUGGUUAGAUACAAAAAAAUGGUAUACACAAUGUUAUUGGCAUAUUGAUGAAGAGAAUUUAGAUUCAGAUUAUUUUCAUAUCUAUUCAGUACCAUAUCCAUUUUCAAAUUUUGAUAUUUAUAAAUGUACAAAUGAGAAUUUAUUAUCGAAAGAUAAAUUAAAAUCAUUUACAAAAGUUAAACGAUUAGAUUUAAGUGAAACAAGUGAUAUUAAUAUAAUACCAUUUUUAAAACAUUGUCCAUAUGUUCAUACAAUUUGUUUAAAUGAUAUUUAUGACGAUGAGGAAAAUUAUGGAACUGAUGAAGAAGAAGAUAUUACUGAUCAAAAUGAUGAGAAUAUAUCAAUUAAUGAUAUUCAAUCAACUUAUUCUUAUCAAUCAACAUUACCUAUAUUAUCUUAUGUACGUUAUUUAAUAUUACUUGCACUUCCUGAACAUGAUUUAGAAUUUUUCGAACGUCUUGUAUAUGUAACACCAAAUCUUAAUCGUUUAAGUGUAUUUUUUGAUGAUUUACUUGAAAUAAUUCAUAUACCUCAACAAAAUUUAUGUAAAAUACUUCAAAACCGUAUCUAUCAACUUGAAAUAAAUCUUGAUUAUUCAUGGUCAUCAGUUGAUAUACGUCGUGAUAUUCCAAAAAUACUUCGUAUUUUUUCUAAUAUUACAUCUUUAACAAUAUCACUUCAUUCAUCACAAAAACGUUCAUCAAUUAUAGUUAAAGAAAUAAUAAUACAUUUACUUAAAUAUCAAACAAAUCUUAUUUGUAUUAAUAUUGAUGGUGAUUCAAUAAUAGCUUUUGAACAAAUAUUAAAACAAGGCGGAAUUGAUCUUAUAAAAACCUGGUUAAUUCUAUCGGAUAAUGAUCGAUUUAAAUGUCAAGAUUAUUUAAAAAAUUCCACUUUUAUUGAAUUGAAUUCUUCAUCCAUAACUAUUUGGUUAUAA